AUGGCAGCUGCGUUUAAGUCCAUGGAUACAAGUCAUACGUCCAUACUCCUCCGGUUUCCUGAAAAUGUUAAGAUAAGGGGUGAGCUCAACAGCUCAGUAGGUGCCAACAAUCUAGAAGGAAGCAUUCCUUUUGAGCUUGGAAAGCUUUCCAACUUGCAGUUUCUUCAGUUGGGUGCCAACAAUUUGUCUGGAAUGGUUCCUAUUCCGCUUUACAAUAUCUCAUCCAUCUCUGCCUUUGCUCUAGUUCUCAACCAGUUAAGCAGAAGGCUCCCCCAAGAACUGGGAUUGACCCUUCCAAAACUACAAUAUUUCUUGGUUGGUGGGAACCAAUUCUCUAGGCCUAUUCCACCAUCAUUGGUUAAUGCUUCAGCACUUGUUAAGUUUGAUAUAGGGGAGAAUUUUUUUAGUGGGUCUGUACCAAUGGAUUUGCGUAGCCUUCAAGAUCUAGAUAGGCUAAGUGGGAAUUAUUUUGGAGGUGUAUUACCCAAUUCAAUUGCAAAUCUAUCCACCAAUCUCACCUCACUGUGGAUAAAUGUAAACUACAUAUCUGGAAGCAUACCACAGGGAAUAGGGAACCUCGUCAACUUAGAUUCCCUAGUAUUAGAUACGAAUAUGCUCACUGGAAGCAUUCCUGAAUCUAUUGGGAAAAUUUCUAAGUUGGAAGAACUCUUCAUUUCCAUUAAUAACAUCACAAGAAAAAUCCCAUCAUCUUGA